AUGCUCAACCCACCUCGUUCAACUCGAAACAAAAACCCAUCCACCUUCCCAGAAGCAAUGGAUGCGCUCCCAACCUUCACCAACCAGCGACUCACUCCAAAGUGUAAGCUGGAAGACUUCCGCGAGUUCUUCGACUUCAAAGUCGGACCCUGGAAGACUUUCCACAGACAAUUCAAGGAAUAUGUCUUGCUCUCCUCGACUUGGGCAGAGGUCUGGGAGAGUACGGCAACGCGUGAAGCUGUUGCAACAACAUUCCUUGAGCAAGUUGGGUCUGAGUACUGGGGGAAAGAAAAUCAGGAGAAGUACCUGAUUCAAGCGCAUGUCAGAAAUGGGGAUGUUUGUGUUUUUCCGCGAGAUAAGAAAAUACUGAUCAAAGCUCUUGCGCUCUUGCUGGAGAAGGAUUCUAAGAAUCGACGGGAGUCGGCCUCGCAGGACAUUUCCGAGACUCAAAGCAGCCCUCUGUCUGACCCGCCUGCCUCGGACUUUGAGAUGGCUGCACCAAUGAAGCAAAGCAGCAGUCGAGCUUCGACUCCUACUGGGUUGUUUAGAAUACCUCAGUCUCUUCAGACUCCUAUGACCCCGCAAAACCCUCAGAUCACACCAAGCGCGAGAGGCACGAGUCUAAUGGGAGCAGAGAGGACAACCAUGCGUCCAGCCUCUACCACUCCGACCCCAAUGAGCCGAGCGCCCCUCGACACAGUGGAGAGUAUGGACACAGUCGAGAGUACUGCAAUGGUGUCAUCAGCCCUUGCAACUCAAGGCACUCCCAACCAGGAGGUUACUCAGCAUUGUUGUCAAGGAGGGUACCUGGGCAUCUCUGAGACGUUCUACACUCAAUUUUCAGACAUUGCCCCCAACACCCUAGCGACCUACUUCCUCGUCCAAGAGUACGGUAGUCAGAAUGCGCCAGUCUACGUGCCCUUCCGCAACUUCGAGGAUUACAGGACCACCGACGAUUUCCUGGAUGAAAUGGAGAAGAGAUGCUGUUGUGAACAUGAUCCACCCCUGCUGCAGCUUUUCGAGGGUGUGAGGCAGUUUUCGCAGGCUGUGGUCUUGCUCCAAUGGUCGGGAGUGUCUUUUGUGAUGCGCCGGGGGACGGAUGAUCUUCGAUCGUUGGCGAACCGUAUUGGGUGUGCGUGGCGGGCGAAAGAGGAAGGGGAAUUGCGGACUUUUGAGUUUGUGAUUCGGGUGACGUUGAAGAAGGGUUGA